CCUCCAUCCCCCGAGCCGUUUAGCUGUGUAUAAAUUACCUAUAACUCUUCUAUUCGAGUUACAGCCUCCCUACUCCAUACUCGUCCAGGCCCCCAUCCCCGCUCCAGAGUUAUAUCCACUUCUCCUAGAACGAUGUUCCCCGAAUCAGCUCCAGCGUUCCAGACGGACAACCACCCAUGGUCCAGUGCCCCUGAAUUUCAGCCGCAGUACAGCACAUCGUAUUUCAACCCCUAUCACAGCGCUGGCCCUUUUUACUACGCUUUCCAGAGUGUUCGACCGACAGAAGCAUUAGGGAAUGCCGAGGUCUUGAACAAGCUCAAUGAGUUCAUGAAUCAAUUAGACGAAGUCAAAUGUCAAAUGGCAGAACUGUCAAAUCAAUUGGACGACGCCAAAGGUCUAAUCGCAGAACUAUCGAGAGAAAGUCGAACGCCUGUGGUAAAGCAGCAUCAGCCUAGAAUCACGAAUGAACUCACGCCUAAUUCCUCAUAGGCUUCUCCACGAAGUGGUCUACUCGAUCGAUCAAGCACUCCUCGGGCAAUUGAAGUUAAUAACCGCGUAACACCACAAGGCGGAAUAUCCCAGCCCCUCGAAUUCAGAAGGGCGGGAUGAGUACUCAUAGUCCAUUGAUAUGAUAGCAAAUAUAAUUAUUGGUACUCGCCCA